UUUUUAAGUUUUGAUUUUAGUUUUGUCUUGGAUAGUAUUUGGCAAGAUUUAGCCUAGAAAUUAUGUAGUAUUUAUUACAUGAGAAUCAAAAUUGCUUUGUUACUGGGCUGGUUUCAAAAUUUAGAACUCAUUUCUAUGUAUCAAAAUCGUUUUUGUUUUUUGUUUUUUGUUUUUUUAAAUUCUUAAAUGGUAAAUGUACCAUUGUGAAAUGAAAUUUCAACCCCCAAAGUUUACCCUUUUACUAAUGGAGUAAAUGGAUAAUUACAAAGUCUUCAGUUGUAGCCAUCACUUAGUAAAGAAUUUGGAACUAGGCUGCAUAAGCAAGCCUUUGCAGGGCGAAUAUUGAAUGUCAUGCCAGUGACACUGGUGUUGCUAUAAAAGAAGGAAAAAAUCUUCCCUUAGAUAGAAGCUUUCUGUAUUUUGACAGUGCCAGUUCAGGAUGGCCAUAAUGCUGCUCUGCCUUCUACAGCUUGCUGCACCACUCUGUAGUUACUCUGUAACUAUACAUUUCUACCUUUUUUGGUUAAACACUCCCUGAAGAUAAUAAAAGAUGAUGUGAUGGUAUACUUACAUCCAUAUUAUACACAUUGGUAUACGUGUAAGGAUUUCCCUUCAUCUUUAUGUUGUGGGCUGGGCAAAAUUCAGUGUAGCAUAUAAAUAUACUUCAUGAUACUUUGGUAUAAGAGUAAGUUCACUAUUUUUAUAAUGAACCCAAAUUUAAAGGCUUUUGUAGUGUAUUUUAAAAGGGAAAACUUACCCAAAUGUUUUAUUUCUACACAUUUGUGUAUAUGUGUGUGUGUGUGUAUAAGCCAGUUAGUGUAUAUGUAUAUGUAUAUUAUACAUAAAACACUUUGUAUUUUUACAUACAAGUAUGCUUUUAUUAUACAGAUAAUAAAGAUGGGGGAAGGUUUCUGUUUUUUUCUUAAUAGGUGAAGAAAUCUUGAAGACCAGAAAUUGGAUCUUAUUGAAUUUUGGUGUUCUUUUUCUUUUUUCUUUUUUUUUUAAUUAAUAUUGUUCGGCUAUGGAAGAUGGAUCUUGUUUUUUUUUUUCCUUAAUAAUCCUUUGACUCUCAAGUUCAUUUUUAUAUGAACUCUUUUUUUUGUUGUUUUUUUGUUUUGAGGAGAUAGCUAACCCUAGCUGUCUCCAGUUUGACAAGGGUUAUUCAAAUGGACUUAAUCUCCCAGUAGUUGGGAGAUGUUUUAAAACCACGUCCUGUGUUUGAAUUGUGGCUGAGAGGUUUCCUUGGCAAUGUGAGGAGGAAAGUUCUUUCUGCCUCAUUAUUAUUAAUUCAUGGAUUGAGUGUUGGUUCGACCUACAGGCGUAAU